AUGGGUUGUCCCAAGCUACGAAAUCCCUUUCGCAAGAGACACUCCAAGAAACAGCCUCGGAAAGAAACCACCGAUUCCUCAGAUAAUCCAUCGAAAUUAUCGUCCAAUGCUCUUUCUGGUACCUGUUCGACCCUAGAGCCAGUAGCUCAACCAAAAUCUCAAACAGAUGCCUUGCCAGCAGAGGAUAAUCAGGUUCCAUUAAGCUCUGAAACCACUCUGCCACGAAGAGACGGGAAGGCUAGAAGAAGGAACCUCUGGCAGGAGGCAUACGACACGUUGGAUGAGAAGCAACGCCAGUAUAUGAAGCCGGUGAGAGAACAUGAACAGAGCAGCGACAAUCACGAGAAUGCCGAUACAAAUCAUGUAUACAAAACAUUAGAUGAAGUGAUCCAAACUGUCAAAGCGCAAUACCAGAUUAGAAUGUCGAAAAGAGAAGACUCAAAACUUCGGGAUGCUGCAAACAAGAUUCUGACUGCCACGCUGAGCUGCAAGGAUAUCAUCAGUGCAAUCGUGGCACUCGACCCCACUGGCCACGCAUCGAGUGCCUGGACUGUCGUUUCUCUGGGCUUAACUAUGACACAAAAUUAUCGUGAUCAGCAAAUGGCCUGGUUUCAGUCGUCUGCCAUCUUGACUGACAUCCUAGCUCGGUAUGCUGUGAUGGAGAAGCUUUACCGCGAUGAUGGCUCUGAGCUGAACGAUAAGAUUGAGGAUGCUAUCUUGAGGGUCUAUAUCGCUGUUCUAAAAUAUGCAGCCGAGGCAAUGACCAUCUAUCGCUCAAAUACAGGAAAAAGAUUGAUGCAGAGUGUGGUGGCUCUCGCAAACCUGCCCUUGACAGAUAUUGAAUCCUCAAUCGCCACAGAAGAAGAGCAUCUGGGAAAGUGGCUACAAAUGCAUCAAGAAAUGCAGCGCAAACAAGAGGCAAAUAGUAUACUUCUCGGAAUUGAUCGGCUUCUCGACGAUGUCCGAAAUGUUGCCCAGAAAAUUGAACUUGACAAGCUGCCGAUAGCUGAAGGUGCUCACUUCGAUUCGCACAUGGAUGAGAACCAGGUUGAGUGCUUGAAGAAUACGAGAGUUGAGCUUCUUGAUGGUAUCAUGGACUGGGUAGAUGAUACUCAGGGAAAGACUAUCUUUUGGUUGAGGGGUGUAGCUGGAACUGGUAAAUCAACAAUCUCCCGGACAGUGGCGCGAAAGCUGCAGGAGAGAGAGCUGUUAGGAGCAAGCUUCUUUUUCAAAAGAGGUGAGGGUGAUCGUGGGAACGCUUCACGGUUCAUCACCACUAUCGCUAAGCAAUUCAUGAUUGCUCUCCCCCAGUUGAGGAAAGAGAUUGCGACAGCAAUGGAGGACGACUUGAUUGUUUCCAAGUCACUGAAGGAACAGUUCGACCAUCUAUUGUUGAAGCCGCUUUUAGAAAUGAAAAUGAGCAAUGGGCAGCGCCUACCGAUUGUCAUUGUAGUCGAUGCCCUGGAUGAGUGUGAGGAGCGAAGCAUUGAGACGAUCAUCCAACUUCUACCCCGGUUGCAAGAAUCGGAAGCCAUUUACUUGAAAGUCUUCGUUACCAGUCGACCCGAGCACCCGAUCCUCGAGGGCUUUGAACAAAUAGAAGGCGAACACAAAGAUGUCGCUCUCCAUGAAAUCGAGCGCUGUACAGUUGAGCGCGAUAUGGCUGUGUUCUUUGAGGACAGACUGUCGAGAAUUAGAAAGAAGCGAAAGCUUGAAGACACAUGGCCUGGGGAAAUCAAAACUCAGGCCCUAGUCGACAUGGCAAUGCCGCUUUUCAUCUUCGCUGCAACUGUAUGCCGCUUAUUAGAGGAUUACCGAUGGGAUCCAGACGACAGCUUGAACAACAUAAUGAAACGUCAAUACAACAACUCCCAGCUGGAUAAAACUUACUUGCCUGUUCUGGACAGGCUCCUUGGCGGGCAGGAUCAACAAGCCCAGAGUGAAUUGGUAAAGCAAUUCCAACAGGUGGUUGGAAUAAUUGUUGUUCUCGAAAGUCCACUUUCCAUUGCUUCGCUUUCAAACCUGAUCAACAUGAAAGAGAACCUCAUUCGCAUCAGACUAGACUCACUUCAUUCAGUACUCAAUAUUCCAAGUGACAACAAUAAACCAGUCCGAAUGUUCCAUCUUUCCUUCCGAGAAUUCCUUCUUCAUCCAGCCACAAGAGAAACUACAAAACUUUCGGUGGACGGCCAGUCAACACAUCGCGACUUGGCCUAUAAGUGUAUUGCAGUCAUGAUGGAUCCCCGACAUGGACUUCGACAGAACAUCUGCGGCCUGCCUGGUCAUGGAACAUCAAGAGACGAUAUUGGCGCCGAACGAAUUGAAAGGUAUUUUCCAGCAGAACUGCGCUACGCUACCCGAUAUUGGGUCCAUCAUCUUACCCAGGGAGCUUUGAAUAUUUCUGAUCAGGAUGGAGUGCAUGAAUUUCUCGAGACUCACUUCCUUCACUGGCUGGAAGCAAUGAGUGUCUUAGCACAUCUGCCAGAAACAAUAGGUAGUGUCAAUAUGUUACUCUCGAUUGUACAGAGGUCACAUGCAAAUCUGAUAUCCAGGUUUCUUUACGAUGCAAAACGAUUCACUUUGAAAAAUAUUUCUAUCGCCAAAGAAUUUCCGCUCCAGCUGUAUUCCUCCGCAUUGCUGUUCGCGCCAGAAAAAUGUACGAUCAGAAACACAUUUUUCCACUGUGUCCCACCAUAUUUCUCUCAGCUACCCAGAGUGCCUGAGUACUGGGGUGCUGAGUUACAAACAGUCGAGACUGGAUCUGAUAUGGUUGAGAGCUUAGAGUUUUCUCCAGAUGGACGAAUGUUCCUCACACUUGGCGAAAGUUUGAAGCUGUGGGAAACCAGCACUGGUGACUUACGAAAUACGCUAGUGCCUCGUACUCCCUUUGGUGGAGAAUGCGCAUUUUCACCAGAUGGAAAGUUAGUGGCAGCCCUGAUAUUCGACAAAAUACUGCUGUGGGACUCGCUUUACGGUACUCUAAAACAUACCUUAAAAGUACAGUCUAAUUGGGGUUCUGCGAUGGCAUUUUUAUCAAAUGAGCACUUGGUCUCGACAUCCACUGACAAAACAUUGGAAAUAUGGAGCACGAUAUCCGGAAAGCUACAGAAAACUGCACCCUUCGGGAAUAAUGAAAAGUUUAUGUCUGGGGGACAAACAACGAUCAACCUCUCGCCCGACGGUAGUUUACUGGUCCGCACCCUGAAGGAUGGCACAACAAAGCUCUGGGAUACAGCAAAGGCCGAACCACGACAUAUACUGAGAAGUCCUGGUGAAGAAGUUCAAACAUUAGCAUUCUCACCAGAUGGACAAUUACUAGCCACUGGGUCAAGGUAUGGCAUAUUGGAGCUUUGGGAUCUAUGUGAAGGAACCCUGCAACAUACUCUGCGCUGCCAUGCCACUCGUUGCCAUAUCAAUUCCAUAGCUUUCUCUCAUGAUGGGAGAUUGCUAGCUUUGGCUUGUGCAAGAGGAUUGAAUAUCUGGGACAUAGGCCACAGCCCAAUAUUAUCCACAUUUGUAAGCCACAAUAUGGGAAGUAACCUAGUCAGGUUCUCACCAGACGACAAGCUUGUGGCUUUAGUGAGAAAUGAUAAGGUGACGCUUUGGGAUACGGCUCGACUUGAAAAGAUGCAUGCUCUAGGAGGACAUCCAGAUGGCGUGACUGUCGUGCGGCCUUCGCCAACUGGAUCGUUUCUGGCAAGUGGCUCGUCGGAUACAACAGUGAGAGUUUGGGACAUUUUCACGGGUACAGUGCAACGCGUACUGCAGGGUCAUUCAAAUGCGAUUACGAAUAUCUCCAUCUCACCAAACGGUCAUCUGUUAGCUGCGUCCUCAGAGGACGGACUCAUCAAAAUAUGGGAUGUAUCAAACGGAGACUUGCAACAUACCUUAUCGUCGGACAAUUCUGGGGGUAUGGUAUGCAUGUUAUUUUCGCCAGACGGAAACUUAUUUUUGGCCAUUUCGCGACACAAAACACGCUUAUGGGAUGUGGUCACAGGACUAUGCAAGUGGACCGUCGAACAGAAAGUUAGGGGCCACCGUUUGCGGACUCAUGCUACGUUUUCCCUGGACAGUCAGCUAAUAUCCUACGCGGUUCCAUUGGAAGCAACACUCCGAAACACAGCAGAUGGUUCAUUGCAUGAAACCCUGACUAUACCUUUCGAUGAUGUUGAUGAAGUAGCUCUCUCACCAUCUGGGAAUCUCCUAGCCACUAGCCAUAUAGGAGGCAACGUCGACGUGAGGCUAUGGAAUACUUCGACAGGUAGGGUGGAACAUGUCCUCACGGGAUGCUCAACAGAGGAAUUACAAUUUUCACCUGAUGGCAAGCUGUUUUCGUCAGGCGAUCCUUGGAUGGGAGUCAAAGUGUGGAAUGUUACCGACGGCACAUUACGGCAGACCCUGGGAGCCAAGAAGACCGACCGAUAUUCGUGGCUUCUCGACACUAAUAGAAAGGAAUACAAAAUCCAUCAUGAAGCUCAAGGCUACAUCAUUCCAUUAAAUGAUGAUUGGAUAAGGCUUGGAGAAGAUAAAAUACUAUGGCUUCCACCAGAAUAUCGAGGAAUUAAUGGAAAUAUCUCGACAAGGGUCGGGAACACGUAUAUCGUGGGAUGUGAAACAGGUGAUGUGAUUUUUAUAGGUCUCCGUUCACCCUCGGAGGAUUAG